AUGAUAGAAAAAGUUUUUAUAAAUAGACAUCUUGGAAUUAAGUUUAAAUCUUAUAUCGAUGAAGAGUGCCAGGUUUGGUUUCGAGGCAAAGAAGUAGCUACUAUCUUGGGCUACAAAAAUACAGAAAAAGCUAUAAAAAGUCACGUAAGUGAAAAUCACAAAAGAAAAAUUCUUUUUAGCAACCAGCACGAAACGCACGGUUGCUCUAUGACUUAUUUUAUUGAUGAACCUGGAUUUUACGAAUUAGUUUUUAAAUCUAGGUUACCUGCUGCAAAAUUCUUUCGUGAGUGGGUAUUUACAAAGGUAUUACCUUCUAUUAGAAAAUAUGGUUAUUUUAAAAUGUUUGAUAAU